CACGAGAUCAUUAAUAAGAGAAAUAAUCAACUAAUUAAUUAAUGUCCUUCUAAUGGAUCUAGAUCAACCUUUUCUUUUCAGUUUAAUAAAGUUAUAUUAGACAUUAACCAAUAUUGAAAGCAAAUGUUCAUACAAUAACUAAUGGAGAAAUUAGAGCCAAAAAGAAGGCUAAUUAUCGCAUUAACAGUUGGUUCAAUAAUAUUUUUUGUUCUUGUCCUCCAUCUACUUCAAGAAUCAUCUCCUUCUAGCAAUUCUGCUACUUUUGGUUAUUCAAGGAAGUAUCAAGGAUUGAACAUGAAAGAUGGCAGCUCUGUGGGAGGGGAAGAAGCUAUGAAGAUCGAUUUAAGAAGACUCGUUAAAGGGAAAGAUCUAGCUCAACUUGAAGCUACCGGAAUGUCAUGCAUUUAUGAUCUUCAUUUUGAACAAUGCAUCAUAACCAAACCAGUGAUCAUACCAGCCAACGAACCAAUGGUUGUAUAUGUACCGUCUAACUCCGAUCAACCACCGGAAAAGCGGACGAUUCAGCCGUAUGCGCGAAGAGAAGAUCCAACGGCCAUGAAAGAAGUCACACCAAUACAUAUACUUCAUGGGAAAAAUAUCACUCAAAGAAAAAAUGCUUCUUCUUAUUGUGAAGUAACUCAUGAAGUUCCAGCUAUAAUUUUCUCAACUGGUGGAUUUAUAGGAAAUAUGUUUCAUGAGCUAAAUGAGAUGAUAAUCCCAUUAUAUAUAACAUCACGGCAUUUCAAUUCUCAAGUGCAAUUUGUUGUCACAGAUUAUGCAGAUUGGUGGGUUAGUUAUAAGUAUAAGGAGAUUUUGAAGCAGUUGUCAGCUUUUGAUGUUUUAAAUGGUGAUGCUGAUGGAAGAGUUCAUUGCUUUCCAGGUGCUGUUUUUGGUCUCAGGUACCAUGACAACCUAGCUCUAAACAGCCUUGACAUCCCAGAAGGUCAUACAAUGGCAGAUUUCAGACACUUCAUUGGAAACUCUUACAAUUUAACUAUAAGUGGCCCAUUGAAGCCCAAAAAGAAGCCCAAAAUUAUUCUCAUAUCUCGUAAAGAAACAAGAGUGAUACUAAACGAAGAUGAAAUGGUGAAGAUGAUGUUAAAGUUGGGCUUUGAGAUCCACAAGGCCUUGGCCCAUGACAUGCUACGUCUAAACCACUUUGCUGAACUUGUAAAUUCAUGUGACGUUUUAGUGGGGGCCCAUGGUGCUGGGCUCACAAAUGAGGUGUUUCUUCGUAAUGGGGCCGUUGUGAUCCAAAUUGUGCCAUUAGCCUUGGAUUGGGCCUCAGAUACCUACUAUGGUAAUACGGCCCGUGUGAUGGGGUUGAAGUACAUGGAAUAUAAGAUCAAGCCCAAGGAGAGCUCUCUCUAUGACGUGUACGGUCCAGAUGAUCCCAUUGUUUCUGAUCCAUUGGUUGUCUUUGAACAAGGGUAUAGAAAUUCUAGGUCACUAUACAUUGAUGGUCAAAAUGUAACCAUUGAUAUAGCAAGAUUUAGAGGCACUCUCAAAAAAGCUUUAAAGUUUCUAGGUUCGUGAUUUUAAGUGAGAUGGAAUUGUGGUAGGAAAUGUGAAUAGUAAGAGUACUAGUUAAUAUAAAGAUUUCUUCAUUUAACAUGAACUGUUAGUAUUGUGUGCAACGGUGUACAACAUCAUACUAAGUCAA